AUGUGUUUUUUACUUUUUCUUUCGCUUUCUUAUGUACUGUUAGGAUCGAAUGAUCGCAGUUUUUAUGCAAAUAAAAAGAAAUUACAGGAUUCUAUUGAAGACAUAAAUCGUUUUGCUAAAAUAGCUAAAGCAUUUCGUACAUAUCCAAAUGAUCAUAAUUUAACAAAAGAUGAAUCUGCUGCAAUUUAUAUUUAUACUAUGGAAAUGUCUGAUAAUUCAAAUAUUUAUCAAAUUUUAAAUCAAAUACUUCGCCUAGAAGAUCGAUUAAAAGUUCGUCCAUUGUUUGGAUAUUUAAAACUUUUAGAAUCUGCAACAUCAAAAUUACCUAACUUUAAAGGAAUUGUUUGGCGUGGUAUUGGUAAAGAUGUUACUAAAAGUUGUAAAAAAGAUCAAAAAAUUAUUUGGUGGAGUAUAAGUUCAUGUUCAAUAUCUAUUGAUGUUAUUUCUUCAUUCCUUAACAAAUCUUCUUCAAGUACAUUAUUUAUUAUUGAAUGCUCAAAUGGAAAAUCAAUUUCAUCAUAUACAAAUUAUUCAAUUGAAAAUGAAGUGAUUUUAAUGCCUGGAACAAUAUUUAAAAUUGUAGCUGAUCUAUUCAAUCAUCGAGGUGGAUUAAAUAUUAUUUAUUUAAAAGAAAUCAGUGAUGAUGAUGAACCAUCGAGACCACAAAAUCCAACGAUAUUAUUAAAUCAUUUUGAAUCAUUUCAACAGCAAGCUAUUUUAAUUAAUGAACUUGUUCAACCUUUUGCUGAAAUAUUAACGAAAUUUAAUACAAAUGUUAAUGAUUUACAAAGUUUUAUUGAUUAUAUUGAAUUAACAAAAACAUCAGAUAAUUCAUCGAUAUGUUCGAAUGGUGGUUAUCAAGAAAAUUUCGAAGGUAUUAUUUUUAUUAGUAAUCCAGAAUCACCUGCAUUCAUUCAGUUAACAAAUUCAUUAUUUAAAUUAUUAACUUAUUGUCAUACAUUACAUUCACCAAAUUCUCCAAUAGUACAAACAACAUUUUCAUUUUUUUCAACAAUGACCGAUGCUGAAAAAGCAGUUUAUCUUCAACAAGAAAAUAAUGAUGAAAUUAAUAUCUUAUCAUCAAUUCAAACAAAUUCAUUAGGUUUAUCUGCAAAUGAUCGUCGUUUACAUAAUCGAUUUCCUUCAUUUGUUGAUCGUUUACAAAUAUUAAUUGGAACUUAUUUUACAUUAAAACCUGAUUUAUAUCAAUUUAAUGAUUCAUUAUAUAUAAUAGGUACAACAUUAUUUUCAUCACUUGAUCAUUUACUAGAAUUUCGUUUACGAAAUAUAAUUCGUAAUUGUUUCUUACCAUUUGUUCGACAUUGUCCAACAAAUACAAUACUUAUUCCUAUCUUGGAAUCAUUACUUCCAUUUAUGUAUACAAAAUUAAAAGAUAAAUGGAAAAUAAUUACUGAACGACAAAGUAUGAAAGUAACAAAUGGAAAUGUUCAUGAAAAUAAUGAAGAUAUUUAUCAAACACAAGAUCGAUGUGAAGAAGAAGUUAUUGAAGAACAAGUAACAUGUUAUUUAACUCGUGAUUUUAUUGAUUUAAUCAAAGUUUUGUUAACACGCUAA